GGCAGGCAGCGAGCACCCGCAGCGGACAGGCCAGCGGCGGCCGGCAGCAGCGGCGGCAGCGGCACCGCGGCCAUGACCAGCUUUCUGCGGCCCGGCCAGCAGUCCGCCUCCGCCUUCGGCCUGGCCUUCGACGUCGAUCGCGACGCUGGCGGGGCGGGCGCCGCGCCUGUGUUCAACAAGAAUGAGCGGCUGGCCAUUUCGGAGCAGCGGCGGCGGCUGCCCAUCUAUGCGCACCGCACGGAGCUGCUGUAUCUAGUGGAGGGGCACGCCACCACGGUGGUGGUGGGCGAGACGGGCAGCGGCAAGACCACCCAGGUCCCGCAGUACCUGCAUGAAGCAGGCUGGACGCAGGGCGGUAAGUUGGUGGCGUGCACGCAGCCUCGCCGCGUGGCGGCCAUGACGGUGGCCUCCCGGGUGGCAGAGGAGAUGGGGUGCCGCCUGGGCCAGGAUGUGGGCUACUCCAUCCGCUUUGAAGACGUGUCCACGCCGGGCGUGACGCGGGUGCGGUUCUGCACAGACGGCGUGCUGCUGCGGGAGAUGAUGGACGACCCGCUGCUGCUCAAGUACAGCUGCGUGAUGGUGGACGAGGCGCACGAGCGCAGCCUGGCCACCGACGUGCUGCUGGGCCUGCUGAAGAAGAUCCAGCGGCGGCGCCCCGACCUGCGUGUCAUCAUCUCCUCCUCAACCAUCGAGGCGGAGAAGAUGGCCAGGUUUUUUGACACUAGCAACGUGCGGCGGCCCAGGGCCCACGCCGAGGGGGUGCAGCAGGGGGCGGCGCCCAGCCGCAGCCCCGCGCUCCUGUCGGUGGAGGGGCGCACCCACAACGUGCAGGUGCACUACUUGGAGGCGCCUGCCUCGGACUAUAUACAGGCGGCGGUGGAGACGGCUGUCAACAUCCACAGGGAGGACCUGCCGGGGGACAUCCUCAUCUUCCUGACGGGCCAGGACGAGUGCGAGGCCGCCGUCAAGCUGCUGGAUGAGGAGGGGCGGCGCCUGCAGCGCAGCAGGCUCAAGCUGAGGAUGCAGGCCGUGGCGCUGUACGCGGGGCUGCCCGCGGCGCACCAGCUGGGCGUGUUUGAGCCCGCGCCGCGCGGCGUGCGCAAGGUGGUUGUUGCCACCAACAUAGCCGAGACAUCGGUGACCCUGGAGGGCACCGUGUACGUCAUAGACUCCUGCUUCGCCAAGCAGCGCUGCUACAACCCGCUGACGGGUCUGGAGAGCCUGCUGAUCGCGCCCAUCAGCAAGGCCAGCGCGGCGCAGCGCGCGGGGCGGGCAGGGCGCGUGCGGCCGGGCCACUGCCUGCGGCUGUGCACCGAGGGGGAUUUUGAGCAGAAGCUACCAGCCACCACAGUCCCCGAGAUGCAGCGCAGCGACCUGUCUGGCACCGUGCUGCAGCUCAAGUCUCUGGGCAUAGACAACAUCAUGCACUUUGAGUGGCUGGCGCCGCCCCCCGCAGAGGCGAGCGGGUGGCUCGGCGGGUGGCUGGGAGGCCGGGCCGGGCGGCGUGGUGGUGGCGUGGUGACCAUGAUCCGAGCGCUGGAGUCGCUGCACGCGCUGGGCGCGCUGGACGGCGACGCCCGCCUGGCGCGGCCGCUGGGCGCGCAGAUGGCCGACCUGCCUCUGGACCCAGUGCUUGCCCGCAUGCUGCUGGCUGCCGGCCAGAUGGGGUGCACGGCAAAGGUGCUGACGGUGGUGGCGAUGCUCAGCGUGCAAAGCGUGUGGGCGCCGGGAGGGCGGCGGGGGGUGGACGAGGCCAAGGCCAGGUUUGCUGUGGCCGAGGGGGACCUCGUGACGUACCUGAACGUGUGGCGGGGGUGGGAGGAGAGCGGGCGCAGCAAGAAAUGGGCGAUAGAGAACCACGUCAUGCACCGCAGCAUGCUGCGGGCCGCCGACAUUCGCAACCAGCUGCAAGCCCAUCUGCGGCGGCAGGGCAUCAAGCAGGCUUCAGCCCUGGAAGGUGCCACCUCGUUCGACCAUGAUGAGGAGCUGGAGACUGUGCGCAAGGCGCUCGCGGCCGGCAUGUUCAUCAACGCCGCCAAGCUGACCGAAGAGCUUACCGUGAAGCUGUCAGACCAGGCUGACACCGGGGCCUCCGUGUACCGCCUGGUGCGCUCGGCAGGCGGCAGCGCUGCCGCGGUCAAGCUGCGCAUACACCACUCCAGCGUCCUCUUCCGCUGCCGCCCGCAGUGGGUCUGCUUCUACGCCGCGGAGCAGAACGACAGCGGCUGGUAUGAGAUGCGGGAUGUGCUGGCCAUUGAGUCAGGCUGGCUGACUGAGCUGGCGGGACACGUGUACAAGAUGGUACCGCUCAACCCACAGAUGCGGCGGUAGCCAUUGCACGGCACAACAGCACCAGCCAGGCGGCACGCCAACCGCCAGCCCCUCUUGCUCGGUUGGGUUGCUGGCCCUUGGAAGCGCGGUGGUGCUUUUCUCUCUCUCCUCCUUUUGACUCGCCUGCCUCGCGCUCACCAGCGCUCCUCUCUCUGCUCCUCUUUGCCCUGCUCUUCUCGUGGUAAUCUCUCUCUCACAGUAAGCUCAUGGUAAGGGUAGUUUUUAGUUAUCCGUACAGAGGCCCGCAGCAACAGGCGGCAUGAGAGUGGGCGGGCUUGGUACUGAGCAUGCAAUGAAAGCUGGGAGACAGGAGCGCGUGCCGCCAAAAAAUGUCGAGGGGGGCGUGAAAGGGAGCAGAACAGGUGGGCAAUGGGUGGAAGGAAGACAGGGGUAGGGUCAGGGGGUUGAGUUCAUGGUGGGCUGCUGCCCGCUUGGUGGUAGUAAACAGGACGGGACAGCGGCGCAGUGGCUUGGGGCAAAAAGCCGCCAGGAAAGUGGGUGCUCGCUCACGCCUUGGCGGCCUCCCCCACCUCGGGGUCCACAAAGCGCUUGGUGCCAAAGUCGCCCAGGCUGACCUUGUUGACGGGCUUGAGCGGGAAGACGGGCAGGAUCUGCUUGCCGUACACAUCCUUCAUCAGCGCCGCGGUGCCGUCGUAGAAUGCCACGGCGGCCACCAUGAAGCCCCAGCCGCCCGCAAACUUGGUCAGGGUGGUGCGCUCGUCGCCGGAGCCCACGCCGCCGGCCAGGAACCAGAAGAGCAGGGCCAGGGAGAGGAAGAGCCAGCUGGUGACCAGGUUGGUGUGGAAGGUGCACAGCCAGAGCAGAAAGGUCAGGAUGCCCCACAGCGUCAGCAUCAG